AUGGCAAAACAAGAGGAGAACCACAAGAACCUAAACCAACAAACAUGGGGUACGUGGGAAGAAUUAUUGUUAGCGAGUGCCGUCAAGCGUCAUGGUUUCAAGAACUGGGAUUCCGUUGCUUUAGAAAUUCAAACCAAAAGCUCUCUUCCUCAUCUCUUAACCACCGCUGAAAAUUGCCAGCAAAAAUACCAUGACCUCAACCGUAGAUUCAAUACUAACAAUCUCCAUAUCCACCACCGCCGCAAUAUCGAAGAAGCAGCACCACCGGAUUAUCAAGAAGAACAAAAGGAUCAACAUAACAACAUUAACACUGGUAAUAAUAAUAAGUUUGUUAACAUUCCCUGGCUCGAAGAACUCCGACAACUACGUGUCGCUGAGCUGAAACAAGAGGUCCAACGAUACGAUGUUUCCAUCCUUACUUUGCAAUUGAAGGUGAAAAAAUUGGAGGAAGAGCGAGAGAGAAGCGUUCAAGGAGGAGAUAGCAAUACAGAGAAACCAGAUCUGAAGCAAGAGAAGUCGGAAAACAAGAAGCAACAUGAAUCGGGGAAACCGGUUACGGUUUCAGGCGAGGAGUCGGACCGGGAGAACCGGUCGGUGAAUGAGUCGAAUUCGACCGGUUCCGGUGGGAAGGGUGGAGGAGAGGAUGCGGUGGGGGAAUUGGAGAAAGUUGAUCCGGUUAUGAGCGGGUCGAAUAGGAAAGUGCUGGAGGAGGAGGAAAGGGGUGGUGGUAGUGGUGGUGGAGGAGGAGGGGAGGAGGAGUCGUGUGAAUUGGGUGAUUCCGGGACUCAGUGGAGUAGUGAGUCUUUGAGUUCGGCGAGGAAGAGGAAGAGGAAAGGGAGGGAGAGGAAGGAGGUUUCAGGAACAGGCGGUGAUGAAACGGUGGUUUUUGGUUCGGAGAAAUCUGAACCGUUGGUUGGGUAUUUUGAGAUGAUUAGGGCCCACACAAACGGUCCUCUAUUUGAAAGCCUGCUUGAAAGCCAGGAAAUGGAAGUGUAUAAAGACAUGAUCCGGCAGCAUAUGGAUUUGGAAGCAAUACAAACAAAGUUUGAACAAGGCACCUACUCUUCUUCAAACCUUUUGUUCUUCCGAGAUCUUUUGCUUCUCUUCAACAAUGCUUUAGUUUUCUUUCCCAAACACUCUGUCGAAUCACUGACUGCCUACGAACUCCGAUCCCUUGUAUCAAAUGAAAUGAGAAAAGAACCCCAAAAGUCUGAUUCUACUGUAGCUCCUGAAAAUAUUCCACCCCCACCCAAAAGUGAGCUUGAAAGAUCAGAUUCGUUGCUCGCUAAACACAAGUCUUCCAUUCCUACUAUAGUUUGUCGUAAACGUAGUUCAAUUUCUGCUAAGCCUUCCUCUUCUAGCUUAGGGCAAAAGAUUGAGCAGCAACAACAACAACAACAACAAAGCAAUGAGAACAAACCAGUUAAUGAUUUGAGGUCGCCUACUGUUGAGCAGGGUAUACUAAAGAUGAAAUCUGAAGAGAAGCCUGUAACCGGUGCAAGAAGUACACGGAGGGGUAAGAAGAAUCUUGUGAAAUCUUCCGGUUCUCCUCCGAGCAAGAAGCAAAAUAAAAGCCCUGACACAAAAGCUGCUGUACCCGAUAAGCCGGAAACUCCUAAAACCGAAAAGAAGAAAGGCGAGGCAUUAGCAUUGGAGAAGAAAAAAGUGCAAGGAGCUGGUAAUGGUGGUGGAGAGCCAAAAAAGGAAGGAAGUGGCGGGAAAGGAGAGAAAGGGAAAGAAAGAGCGCUAAGGAGAAGUAGUGAUAAAAAACAAGGAAAGCAGGAGGGUAGUCCCUCAAAGAGGAACGUUGGGAGGCCAUCGAAGAAGGCGACAGAGGUGAGUAGGGUUUCAGGAAAGCGUGGGAGGGACAGUGGCGGAAAGGAGGCAGCAAAGAGGCCUAAAAAGCGGUCUAGGAGGUAA